UCGCGCUCUAUCUGUGUAGCCGGGCGGAGAAGGAAGACAAAAGAGAUAGAAAGAAAAGAAGAGUAAAAGCCCAGCGCUGAGCAGCAGCGGGAUAGAGGCAGGCGGAGAGCGCGGGCAACGUUUGCUGGACCCCAGUCGAUGCUGGUCACAGCGCAGCCGGGCAGCAAACUCACCCGAUAAAACUCUCGCAAAGUUUCAGCUCCAAGUUGGCCCCGCUGUCGAUGCUUGUCGGCAGUGGAGGAGGAGGAGAACACGGCUCAGCUUCUCGCUCCCGGACAUUUUAUUGGAAAAUAUCUAUCAAGUAACCAUGGGUUUUGCUGGCAAAAAAUCCACAAAAGGACCAGUUUGCUGGCGAAGACGGGUUAAGUCUGAAUAUAUGCGUCUCCGACAACUGAAACGUUUUCGACGAGCUGAUGAAGUUAAGAGCAUGUUCAGCGCAAAUCGGCAGAAAAUCAAAGAAAAGACGGAAAUAUUGAAUCAGGAUUGGAAACAGCACAGGAUCCAACCUGUUCACAUUAUGACAGUGAGCACAAUGCGUGGUACAAGAGAGUGUGCUGUGGAGAGUGGAUUCCCUGAGUUUCCAAAGCAGAUUAUCCCCCUUAAGACAUUAAAUGCAGUGGCGUCAAUCCCAGUUAUGUAUUCCUGGUCUCCUCUUCAGCAAAAUUUCAUGGUGGAAGAUGAAACUGUUCUACAUAACAUUCCCUACAUGGGUGAUGAAAUCUUGGAUCAAGAUGGGACUUUCAUCGAAGAGCUCAUAAAAAACUACGAUGGAAAGGUGCAUGGUGACAGAGAGUGUGGUUUUAUCAAUGAUGAGAUCUUUGUAGAGCUGGUAAAUGCUCUGACCCAGUACAGUGAUAAUGAAGAGGAAGAUGAAGAUGAGGAGGAAGAUCAGGAGAAUAAAUCUGAAAAGACUGAUGGAAGUGAUAUCAAAGAAGAAAGCAAUGAGUCCAGAAAAGAUUAUCAGGAGAUUAAUAUGGAUGUUAAAGAAUGUGAUGAAGGGAAAAAAAAGCCUUGUGACAAGAUCUUUGAAGCAAUUUCAUCUAUGUUCCCAGAUAAAGGUACACCCGAGGAGCUGAAGGAAAAGUACAAAGAACUGACUGAACAGCAGCUUCCUGGAGCACUUCCUCCAGAGUGCACACCAAAUAUUGAUGGACCAAAUGCUAAAUCAGUUCAACGUGAACAGAGCUUGCACUCUUUCCAUACUCUCUUCUGCAGGCGUUGCUUCAAAUAUGAUUGUUUCCUGCAUCCUUUUCAUGCCACUCCUAAUACAUAUAAACGAAAAACUCCUGAGACCCGAGCAGAGACAGAGCAAUGUGGACCAGAUUGUUGUUUGUUUCUGGAUGGAGCAAAAGAUUUUGCAGUGGCCUUAACAGCUGAGCGAAUAAAAACGCCACCCAAGCGUCCGGGUGGUCGUCGUAGAGGACGCCAUCCAAAUGGUACAAGCCGGCCCAGCACACCAACAAUAAACCCAUCUGAGGCUAAGGAUACAGAUAGUGACAGAGAGGCCGGGACAGAUACUGGUGGCGAGAUAAAUGAUAAAGAUGAAGAAGACAAAAAGGAUGAUACUACAAGCUCCUCUGAGGCGAACUCCAGAUGUCAAACUCCUAUUAAGAUGAAGCUCACUUCUGAUCUUUCUGAUGUAGAGUGGAGUGGAGCUGAAGCCUCUUUAUUCAGAGUUCUGCAUGGCACUUACUACAAUAACUUCUGUGCGAUAGCCAAGUUGCUGGGAACUAAAACAUGUGGACAGGUAUACGAGUUUGCAGUAAAGGAGUCUAAUAUUAUUGCUCGUGUCCCUGCUGAAGAUGCUGAUACGCCUCCAAGAAAAAAGAAGAGAAAGCAUAGAUUGUGGGCAGCACACUGUAGAAAAAUACAACUGAAAAAAGAUGGUUCAUCCAAUCAUGUUUACAACUACCAGCCUUGUGAUCACCCGCGUCAGCCCUGUGACAGCUCCUGUCCAUGUGUCAUGGCUCAAAACUUCUGUGAAAAGUUCUGUCAGUGCAGCUCUGAAUGUCAGAACAGAUUUCCUGGUUGUCGUUGCAAGGCACAAUGUAACACCAAGCAAUGUCCUUGUUACCUUGCUGUACGUGAGUGUGAUCCUGACUUGUGUCAAACCUGUGGAGCUGCUGAUCAUUGGGAUAGUAAGAAUGUGUCCUGCAAAAACUGCAGCAUCCAGAGGGGAUCCAAAAAGCAUUUACUGCUUGCUCCAUCUGAUGUGGCGGGAUGGGGCAUCUUCAUCAAAGAACCAGUACAGAAAAAUGAAUUCAUCUCUGAAUAUUGUGGAGAGAUUAUAUCUCAGGAUGAAGCUGAUCGCCGUGGCAAAGUUUAUGACAAAUAUAUGUGCAGCUUCCUCUUUAACCUGAAUAAUGACUUUGUUGUUGAUGCAACACGCAAAGGUAACAAAAUACGUUUUGCAAACCAUUCUGUCAAUCCCAACUGUUACGCCAAAGUAAUGAUGGUUAAUGGAGACCAUCGAAUAGGCAUAUUUGCCAAAAGAGCAAUCCAAACUGGCGAGGAAUUGUUCUUCGACUACAGGUAUAGUCAAGCUGAUGCCCUGAAAUAUGUUGGUAUAGAGAGAGAAAUGGAAAUCCCCUGAAAUUACACUGCCUCAAAGUAUAGGCAGCUAAUUUUAUAUUUCAGGAUUAUGUACUGUAUGCAGACAUUUGAAACAACUCUUGAUUUGAAAACUACUGUGACAAUAAUUUAUACUGUAAAAAAAAUUAAGCUUUUUAUCUUUUCAAAAGCUGCCAGUUUUUAUAUGUGUCCUUUUGCUAUACACCUGUGUGGUGAGCUGUUGGUGCAAUUAUAACAUCAAUUAAAAAAACUUGAAUUUUAA